UCCAUCACCACUGACUGCAAGAUGCCUGCAGGAGUCUCUUGGCCAAGGUAUCUCAAAUUUUUGUCAGCAGCAAUGCUAUCAAUGUUUGCUGGAUCACAAACAGUUCAUAUCUAUUAUAAUCCUCUGAAAGAUCUAGAUGUGUAUAUUGAGAAAGAAAGGAAACUCCAUAACUUAGAUGAGAAAACAUAGAGAGAGAAUUGUAAUUUUAAUUAA